UGCACCAUGUCAUCUCGAUCUAUAACAAUAGUGUCCUCUGGUCGGAAACAAGGGAUCAACUGCCAUGGGUUGAUGAUACAAGGGACUCAGCUCUCCUCACAGCCCAAACUCCUGCAGGAGGAGGACAGGGAGUCUGGCAUCGGGUCCACUCUUGACCUCAGCAGCAGCAGCUUUGAGAUCCACAACCAACAUACCAAACACCAAACCAGCGGUGUUUCACCCAGGGAGGAAGAUAGACUCGAUAUAGAGAAAGAAAGCUCUUCACAGACCACAGCAGUGACUUCCAACACGAUCCCACAGCUCCUCAUCAAUCUUUCCAAGAUCCCUCUCCUCCUCAUCCUCCUCUUCCUCUUUGUUUGCUCCUUGGACACUCUGAGCUCUGCCUUCCAUUUAGCAGGUGGUAAAGUCGCAGGGGACAUUUUCCAGGACAAUGCUGUGCUGUCCAACCCCGUGGCAGGGCUGGUGGUGGGGAUCCUGGUCACCGUGCUCGUCCAGAGUUCAUCCACCUCCACCUCCAUUGUCGUCAGUCUGGUGGCCUCGGGAUUGCUUGAGGUGAGGUCUGCUGUUCCAAUCAUCAUGGGGUCCAACAUUGGGACCUCAGUCACGAACACCCUGGUGGCCAUGAUGCAAGCAGCAGAGAGGAAUGAGUUUGAGCGUGCCUUUGCUGGGGCAACGAUCCACGACUGCUUCAACUGGCUGUCGGUGCUGGUCCUGCUGCCGCUGGAGGUGGCGAGCGGCUUCAUCACCAAGCUGUCUCUCCUGCUGGUCUCCAGCUUCAAGCUGCAUCCCGGAGAGGAAGCACCUGAGCUGCUCAAAGUUAUCACUGAGCCAGUCACCAAGCUCAUCAUACAGCUAGACAAGUGUGUGGUCAUGGGAAUCGCCAUGGGAAAUGAGGACAUGAGGAACAGGAGCCUGGUGAAAGAAUGGUGCCAGACUGACCUGGUUAUGUCCACUGGCAAUGUGAGCACUGCAAACUGUGGCUCCAGGCAUGACUUAUCCCAAUCACCACUGAAAUGUAAGCAUCUGUUUGUGUCCACGGGGCUGUCAGACCUCACCGUGGGUCUGAUCCUCCUCGCAGGCUCUCUGGCCGUCCUCUGCACCUGUCUGCUGCUUCUGGUCAAACUGCUCAACUCUCUUCUUAAAGGCCAGGUCGCAAAGGUCAUCCACAAAGUCAUCAACACAGACCUGCCAUAUCCGUGUGGGUGGCUGUCAGGAUACAUGGCCAUGUUUGUGGGCGCAGGGAUAACGUUUGUGGUCCAGAGUAGCUCUGUCUUCACUUCAGCCUUGACUCCUCUUAUAGGUAUCGGUGUGAUCAGCCUCGAGCGGGCCUAUCCCCUCACCCUCGGGUCCAACAUCGGCACCACGGCCACCGCUCUGCUGGCAGCUCUGGCCAGUCCUGGGAACAAGCUAGCAGCUGCCAUACAGAUCGCUCUGUGUCACCUCUUCUUCAACGUCUUUGGCAUAAUGCUGUGGUAUCCUCUCCCCUUCACGCGCCUGCCCAUAAGGAUGGCGCGUGUCCUUGGUGAGCGCACUGCCAAGUACCGCUGGUUUGCAGUCCUGUACCUCCUCCUGUGCUUCGUGCUCCUGCCCUCGCUGGUUCUGGGCCUCUCGCUGGCAGGCUGGCGAGUGAUGGUCGGCGUUGGGGCUCCGUUCCUGUGUUUGACCAUCUUCAUCUCCAUGAUUAAUGUGAUGCAGGCCCGUACUCCUCGCCACCUGCCCACUAAGCUGCAGAGCUGGGACUUCCUGCCCCAGUGGAUGCGCUCUCUCAAACCCCUCGAUCGCCUCAUCACCAAGGCAACUGCUUGUCGUUGCGAGGAGGGACAGGGAGAAGAAGAAGAAGAAGAAGAGGAGCAUAUAUCAACACCGAAGACCUCUGUCAACACACAGGAAGAGUCGGCCCAGAGGAAGGCACAACUGGCUUAUGACAACCCAGUCCUGGACUACCUGGACGAGAGCAGACCAGGUGUGAAGGUGUUCAAAUUGAAAGGGUUGGAGAGGUGCAACAGCACUCCACUGUAG